UAAAAUCAUCAAAAGUAUAAAUAAGUAAACAAAUGAAAUUUUGGCCAUGAAAAUUAUAGAACUUGAAGAAAACGAAAAUAUUUAAGAUUUUAUUUAAAAAGAAAUUUUAUUAGUAUAAGAAUGUUAAAAUUAAAAUAUAACACAAAUAUACGAGUAUUUUGUAGAUAAAAAUAAAAUAUUUAUCGUAAUGGAGUACUGUUCAAAUGGAUCAGUAGCUUAAUUAGAUAAUUAUAAGAACCUUAUAUUGCAAUUAUAUUAAAAGAAAUACUUUAAGCUUUAUAUUAUUUACAUUUUAAUCAAAAAAUGCAUCGUGAUAUAAAAGCAGCAAAUAUAUUAAUUCACAAAAACGGUACUAUAAAAUUAUGUGAUUUUGGAGUAAGUUCAAAUACAACAAGUUCAUUUUAAAAAUUAUAAACUUUCGUUGGGACCCCAUAUUAUAUGGCACCUGAAGUUAUUUUAAAUUAAGAAUAUGAUUUUAAGGCUGAUAUAUGGUCAUUAGGAAUAACAACUAUUGAAAUGGCUACUGGAAAGCCUCCUCAUUAUGACCAAAAACCUUAAGUAGCUAUGAAAAAAAUAAUAAAUGAAGAAUCGCCUAUUUUAGAAGGAAAUUUAUCAAAAUAAUUAAAAAAUUUUAUUAGCUGUUGUUUAAAAAAAUAACCAGAAUAAAGGCAUUCAGCUGAAUAAUUAUUAAAUCAUAAUUUCAUAAAGUUAGCGAAAAAACCUUCUUAUUUAUUGGAUUUGUUAGAUAUUGAUAUUUCUUAAAAAAAAGUACUUUAAUGUUAAAAGGUUAAUAAGUAAGGGCAAAUUCAAUGAUGAUCGGUAAUAAUGUAUUAAUAAAUCGAAAAUUAGGUGGAGGAAAGACUGCUGAUACAGAAUUUUUAUUAUAGAAUAGUGGGAAACCUUUGACUUUGGAAUAAAGAAUAGAAGAAUAAAAAGAUUUAUUGGAAUUUUCGAAUUAUUUGAAUAGUUAAUAAAAUGCUUCAUGUAAAAAUAUGAACUAAAUAGUAAUUAAGAUAUAAAAGGGCAACAAAUAAAAAGAAGAAAAGACAAAAUAAUAAAUUUAAAUUAAAAAUAAUAGUAUGAAUAAUACCAUAA